CCCCCUUCCUCCACUGCAGUACAACAGUUUCAGUAUUACACUGUGCCGGUACAGUGUUAGGCAGACAGGCAGUCUAAUAGCAACAGGGUGUAACGUCCAAGGUCGACUCUGAGAUGGAGCGUGGCACGGGGCGCGGCGCUGCCAGACGAAAGAAAAGUCCGGAACCACAGUCUCCAAUUAGCAAGCGUGUACGAACAGAGAACAAUGUGAGCCCCAAGGAAUCGCCAGUACCAAAACUUUCAGGUCGUCCCCUUAGACCUCGUAAGAAACCUAUACCUGAUAUUGUCCUUCGUAGCCGCACUAAUAAUAAGGUGAAAAUCCAUGAGGAUUACACCUGCAUGCUUUACAAGACAGAAAAGGAAGAGGCUAAGUACUGUCUCCUGCAGGUGGCUUGUUUCAAGGAAAAAUACGUCUUCUUUAUGCGCUCAGGACGCAAGGGAGAAGACGGAAAGUGGCACGCUGCCAGAGAACCGAACGUAAAGGAGGCGAUGAAGUCUUUCAAAAAAAUGUUCCGGGAGAAGACUGGGGUCGGAUGGAAUAACAGAGACAGCUUCGUCGCCCAACCUGGAAAGUAUAUCCUCGCUGAAAAGGAUGAAGAUGACGAUAACAAGGAAGAGAUCUCUGAUGACGAAGGUGGACAAAGUGCCGAAGAAGAGGAGGAGGAGAUUCAGCCGCUUGACGAACGAACAGAAUUGAUGGUGAAGCUGAUUCUUGACAGGGACAUGUUUUUGGACCAGCUUGCUGUCUUAAAGCUUGACACAAACAAGGUCACCCUCGAGAAACUUAAUGAGAAGCUGUUUGACAAAACUGAAGAGAUGUUUAAUGAUAUUGAAAAGGCAGUUAAGUUCAGAAAGCCACCGUCAGUCCUGAGAGAACUGUGGACAAAAUUCUACCAAACGGUUGUCCACCAAGACCAGGAAAGGGGAAGUUGUCCUCAGCAGGCAGUCGAUAAUCCAGAGGUUCAUCUGUACAAAAAGAAGGAACUGAUGUCUAUCCUCAGUGAUACGAGAUUAACUUGGAAUACGUUAGAGGAGAUUGGACACAUGAGUUUAGAGGAGCAGUUUCAUCAACUUGGAUGUAAGCUUAGACUUCUGGAAAAAGACAGUGAGGAAUAUAAGCUUCUGGAGGAGUAUGCAGGUGCUUGCCCAAACUCUCGCCGAGGGACGCUACUGGACGUGUGGUCUGUACAUCGUCCCCAAGACAAGAUCAGGGCUGAAGAGCAUGCAAAACUGGACUACCGCAAACUUCUCUGGUAUGGAGUUAACGUGGCGCAGAUGGCUGCCGUACUGCAGCAUGGAUUACGAAUCACGCCGUUCUCCGGGGGGAGCUUGGGCAAGGGAAUCUACUUAACUCCAGAACAUGCAAAGGCUUCAUGGAACGUGGGCGUUCACUGGGGAAAGUACGAAGACGAACGGAAUGUUGGUUUCAUGUUCCUUGUGGAGACUGCACUCGGCAGAAUGAGGUACAUCAAAAUGGGUAACAGUUCUCUGACCAGACCUCCAGAUGGCUUCAAUUCUAUAGCUGCCAAGGGAAGAUUAGAACCAGAUCCAUCGAAUGACGAGAUGAGGAAAUUUGAUGGCAAAAGGGUAGUGGUACCCGUUGGGCCUCCUGUGCCUCAGAAAGAAUUUGAGGCAAGCGGCUUCUUACAGAGCCAGUACGUGGUCUAUGACGAAGGACAGGUGCAGCUUCGAUAUCUUACAAAAUUUUCAUUUGCUUAAGAGAUGAAUCCUGUGAUAUAUAUAUAGAUGUCUGGUAUGCUUUUUGUUUGUUGAUGUUAGAAGCCUAUUUUUUGCUAUAUAUAUUUAUUAUUUUAUUUAAUAUUUCUAUCAAGCAUUUGAUAAAUAUUCCACAGAUCUGAUAAAUUCAACAAAUUUAUUAAUCCAUAGCUCAUACUGUUCAUACAUAUUGUUAGUUAUCAUGGAAGACAAUGCACAAAAUGUAUUUCAUGACAUGACCUGUACAUGUAUGUGCAUAACCUUUACACACACACACAAAAAUGGAUAUAUAUAUUGUAAUGGAGUCUAAUGGCAUUUCCAGUGUUUAUUUUGAAAUUAAUAUUCCUUAGUUAUUUUUCCUUAGUAUAUACUUACAUUUUUUUCAGAUAGGUUUCAUUAAAAAUGUAAAGUGUUGUGUAUAUAGUCAAUGUGUGUACCAUGUAGUGGUAGGAUUUUUUCUUUCUUUCUUUUUUUUCUCACCAUUAUUUUUUUCUGUAUAAUGUUUAUUGCCAUCUCAAAAAGUGUUUGAAAGGAAGUUUAAUAACAGCUGGUAAAGGACCAAUAAGGUGCAGAGAUAACCAAAGAUAAGGGACCAAGGUAUUAGGUAUAAAACCUAAUGGGCCAGUAUUGCAAUUCGGACUAUUCGGAAAAAUACAUUGAGAUUGUAUUGAAAACUUGAAAAGUGCACCAAAUGUUACUGUGAUUAUGGAAGUAAUGUUUUACUUGUUCAUUUUUACAAGAAGCUAGUUUGUUUAUAAUUCAAAGGUUGCAAAUGUAGGGAGUCAAGGAUUUUGUUCUCUAGAUAUUAUUCAGAUCUGAAUAUUAUUCCUUCUUUUCAUAAUGUAUUGAUCAUUAAUUUUCAGGAUAAUU